AUGGACGUCUCCACUGCAUUUCUUAAUGCUCCAUUAACGGAGGAACUUUACAUGACUCAACCUACUGGUUAUGUUUCUCCUAGUUUUCCACAUAAGGUUUUACGUCUAAAGAAAUCUAUUUAUGGUCUUAAGCAGGCUCCCAAUGCCUGGCAUCGUACUAUUGAUGUUACACUUCGAUCAUUUGGUUUUCGUCCACUUCCCUCAGAGAAAUGUCUUUAUGUUGCUCGUGUAACUGGUCACAUGAUUAUGGUUGGCCUUUAUGUUGAUGACUUACUUAUUGCUAGUUCGUCUUCUUUGGUGAUUACUCAAUUUAAGCAACGUAUUCUGGCUUGCUUUAAAAUGCGGGAUCUUGGUGUUUGCUCCAAAUUUCUAGGCCUUAAUGUGGAGCAAAGGGAGGAUGGUAUUGUUGUUGGUGCUUCUGACUAUAUUGAGUCUAUAUUCAAAGCCUUUGAUCUUGAUCCCAUGAAGGUGAACUCAGUUGAAACACCUUUUGCACCUGGAAUGUCUCUUCAGUCCAAUUUACCUGGUGAUCCCUUAAUACAACCGACUGAAUACAGAAGUCUAAUUGGUAAGUUACUUUAUCUAGCAAAUACUGCUCGGCCUGAUUUGGCCUUUUCCAUUAGUCAGCUAUCUCACUACUUGCAGUCUCCACGUCAAAGUCAUCUUAUGGCAGCUAAAAGAGUGUUACGUUAUAUUGCUGGUACACGUGAACUCUCGAUAAAAUACUCACCUUCUAUUACAACUAACGGACCCAGAAAAUAUUUAAUUUAUUUUAAUAAAUAUAUGCUGUGUUUUGAAAAAAAAAAAGGAUAUUCAGACUCAGACUGGGCUGGUGAAAAGGAUAGUAGAAAAUCUACUGGAGGAUAUAUAUUCUGGUUUGCUAAUGGUCCAAUUACAUGGAAAUCUAAAUUACAAACUGCUACUAGUCAAUCUACUACUGAAGCUGAAUUGUACGCAUUAGGAGAAGCUGGUAGGGAAAUGAUAUGGUUGAAACAAAUCUUUGAACAAUUGGAAAUUCCUGUCAAAAGAAUAUUGUACUGUGAUAAUCAAGGUACUAUUGCUAUAGUUGAUCAUUCUACUAGUCUUUCAAAACUUAAACACAUUGAAAUUAAACAUUUCUUUAUUAGAGAUCAUAUUGAAGCUAAAGACUUUCAAGUAAAUCAGGUACAAGCAAGGUCGUCUUUUAUUUUAUUACAAAACCAAACUUCGGACUCUCCUGUUGAGUCCAUUGUGAGACAUUUUAAAGGAAAUUAUUUAAAGUUAUGGAGAGCCUUUGAUAGUGUUGUUUCCAACGCAAUUAGUACAAUAAUGAACUUUAAGAAUGAACUUAAGAUGAAUAAGAAGGCUGCACGAACUGAAUCAAAGGACAUUAGGUGUUGGGUAUGUGGAAAUACUAAGCACAAAUCUCCUGAAUGUAAGAUUAAAACAUCGUUAAUCAAGAAGGGAUUGUUAAAGGAAGAUAAAGGUAACUUUUACGAUCCCGAAGGAACAGUACCCAAAUGA